AAUAACGUUUGGUAGGGAGUACACGGCGUUGCCCGAUUCGAUCACUCUGUUUAUAAAUGCGAAGACCCGCAAGUUCUGUGUCCAGCAAGAAAUAUAUCAUUUGCAGUGCUGAGCGAUAUGGCUACAGCUACCCCUAAGCUCUUGCUCACCGACCUCGCGUCCGGCAUCGACCGCGUGCCCGACAGUUACAUCCGGCCCGAGGCGGACCGCCCAAACCUCGCUGAGGUCGAGGCCUCGGAUGCCUCCUCCAUCCCUCUUGUUGAUCUCCAAGGCCUCUAUGGUCCCAACCAUGAUGACAUUAUCGGACAGAUUGGUCAAGCAUGUCAACAAGAUGGCUUCUUUCAGAUCAAGAACCACGGGAUACCGGAAGAGAUGGUGCAGGCCAUCCUGAAUAUAGCCAGGGAAUUUUUCCGGUUGCCGGAGAGCGAGAGGCUGAAGAAUUACUCCAAUGACCCGUCGAAAUCGACCAGGCUUUCGACUAGCUUUAAUCUCAAGACCGAGAAGGUGUCUAACUGGAGGGACUUCUUGAGACUCCAUUGCUACCCUCUUGAAGAAUACAUGCAUGACUGGCCUGCCAAUCCUCCAUCAUUCAGGAAGGAGGUGGGUGAGUAUUGCACAAGAGUAAGAGAACUGGUGCUCAAACUGUUGGAAGCCAUAUCAGAAAGCUUGAGGCUUGAAAGGGAAUACAUAAGCAAGAACUUGGGCAGGCAUGGUCAGCACAUGGCUAUGAACUACUAUCCGCCAUGCCCACAGCCCGAGCUCACUUACGGGUUGCCGGGCCACACCGACCCGAAUUUAAUCACCAUCCUUCUUCAGGACGACGUGCCCGGUUUACAAGUCCUUAGGGAUGGAAAAUGGGUUGCUGUCAAUCCCAUCCCCAACACCUUCAUUGUCAACAUAGGAGAUCAAAUGCAGGUCAUUAGCAAUGACAAGUACAAGAGCGUACUUCAUAGAGCAGUGGUGAACUGUAACACGGAGAGAAUCUCCGUCCCAACGUUUUACUGCCCAUCCCCAGAAUCCCUAAUUGCACCUGCUCCGGGCUUGAUUGACCACGAACAUCCUGCAGCUUACAGGAGCUUCACUUAUGAAGAAUAUUACCACAAGUUCUGGAACAGAGGACUCAGGACUGAGUGUUGCUUGGACAUGUUCAAGACACCCUAGGAUUAGGAUUUAUUUAAAACUUAUGUUUUGCAGUUUUAGCGUCAGUGUCGAGAAAAAUCAGGUUGUUCCAUACAAAUAAAUUACCGUGUCAGCUGUCAUUGACUUGCAAAUUGCGUUGUGAAUUAGAGAUUGUAUAUCUAUGUUAUCUGAUAUCAAUGAGAGUAAAAAAAAAAAACUUUCAUUGAUAUCAAAUAACAUAUAUAUACAAUCUCUAAUUCACAACGCAAUUUGCAAGUCAAUUUCUAAUUCUUUUCCAUCUUUAAGAACUUAAUUUAAGGUGUUCUAUGGUGAAGAAAGUUUUUUGUGUACCAGUCAUAUCGUCUAAUAAUGAAAUGCAAAGAGGUCGGUCCAUACGAAAUUAGAUUUUCGAGGUUCAUCCGACUUAAUUUUGUAUACUUUGAUUUACAUCGGUGAAGAUUGUAGGGACUCGUAACUUUGUCGAUUGA